AUGGCCCAGUUCCUGCAGACAGUGUCAGUCAACCCUCACUCGUCUCGCGCCAAGAUGGAGAGGCCGGACAGCACCAUAUUACCCAUUUACGAAGACCCCCCGCUCAAGCCUGUGCUGAAUACCGUGUUUGCUGAUGGCGAAAUAUUUCUGAGCAGCAACCAAAAGACUAGAAAUCAGUUCCGCCCGCGCGCUGGAAAAGGUGGCGUCAACAGUUAUCAGUUAAGGCAGUAUGCCGAAGCCACCCUAGGAGGAGGCAGCUUGAGAAAGUGUGUCAAGCUGCCGGAAGGCGAGGAUGAGAACGAAUGGUUGGCAGUCAACAUGGUGGAUUUCUACAACCAGAUCAACCUUCUCUACGGUGCCAUCACCGAGUUUUGCUCGCCGCAGUCAUGCCCCGAGAUGAAGGCCACGGAUGAGUUUGAAUAUCUCUGGCAAGACAGCGAAAAUUAUAAGCGGCCGACCAAGAUGGCUGCGCCAGCCUACAUUGAACAGCUGAUGACGUGGGUUCAAGCCAACAUCGACAAUGAAUCCGUCAUGCCCAGCAAGAUUGGCGUUCCUUUUCCUAAAUCCUUCCCAACUCUAAUUCGUCAGAUCUUCAAGCGAAUGUACCGCGUGUACGCGCACAUCUACUGCCACCACUAUCCGGUAAUCCGGGAGCUGGGGCUGGAACCUCAUCUCAACACCAGCUUCAAGCAGUAUGUGCUUUUUAUCGAUGAGCAUAGCUUGGCAAGCGGGCGGGAUUACUGGGGUCCUCUGGGAGACCUCGUUGAUAAAAAGUUGGUGCCUCACCCGCUCGGCAAGGCAUCCACAUCCAAAAUUGCCGGCCGCAGAGAACCUCAACCUCGAAAAGCGAUCUCUACGAACGCCGGUCUCUCACCACCUUCGACGCCCAUCCAAUCCUCCACGGCCGCCAUGCUGUCGCGACAAGUCUUCCGCUCCCUCAGGGCCGCUGCCCCUCAGCGUGCCGCCGCUCUCAGUGUUGCUCCGGUCCGAACCUUUGCUGCCGCCGCCAGCGAGCCCAAGGCUCCCAUUGCCGUCUUCGGUCUCGAUGGCACCUACGCCACUGCUCUGUACACUGCGGCCUCCAAGACUUCCACCCUCGAUGCCACCGCUAAGGAGCUCGCCAAGCUGGGCGGCAUCCUCGAGAAGGACGCCAAGCUCGUCGGAAUCCUGUCUGCUCCCACCCUGACCCCCGCCGACAAGUCUGCGAUUGUUGCCGAGCUCAUCAAGCAGGCCGGUGCCAGCGGCGCCACCCUCAAGAACUUCCUCGACACCCUCGCCGAGAACAACCGACUGGGUCUCCUCAAGGGCGUCACUGAGAAGUUUGGCCAGAUCAUCGCUGCUGCUCGUGGCGAGGUUGAGAUGACCGUUACCAGCGCUCAGGCUCUUGACCCCAAGACUCUGUCUCGCCUGGAGACUGCCGUUGCCAAGUCCUCCUACGUUGGCCAGGGCAAGAAGCUCAAGGUCACCAACGCUGUCAACCCCGAGAUUGUUGGUGGACUCAUUGUCGAGGUCGGCGACCGAACCAUCGACCUCAGCGUCUCCGCCCGCAUCGCCAAGAUGAACAAGCUCCUCACUGACAACCUGUAA